AUGGCGUACUAUUCCCUUCCUAUAAAACCCACUUCCGAUUUCAUGGAACUCAUAACAACUCAAAUCACAAUCAUCAUCCAACAACAAACCAACAAACCUUCAAAAUCAACCAACAUGCAAAGCAGCGCGAAACUCAACCAACUCGGCGGUGCCUUCGUCAAUGGUCGUCCCCUGUCCCUCGAAACCCGCGAAAAAAUCGUCCAAAUGUUUCAAAUGGGAAUCCGUCCCUGCGUCAUUUCCCGAGAUCUUCGAGUCUCCCACGGCUGCGUCUCCAAAAUCCUCUCUCGUUUCAAACAAACUGGGCAAAUCAAGCCCGGCGCUUCUGGAGGAUCGAAGAAAAAAUCAAAUGUCAGCAAGGAGCAAGAGUACCUGAUCGUCGAGUACCGAAAACAAUUCUCCUUUGCCUGGGAGAUCCGAGAAGAAAUGGUCAAAAAUGGCGUCCAAAAACCGCCGUCCGUCGAUGCCAUCAAAAAGCAUCUCCGAUCCAAAGGCUGCGCUGAAGAAGGAGACACCACCGACCCAUCCACCGACGAAAUCAUCCUUUCUCCUCCACCAGCAGCGCCUACCAAGCCCCGUCGAGCUCGAACAAAUUUCACUCCAGCGCAAAUCGACGCCCUCGAAAGCGCCUUCCUCAAAACCCACUACCCAGAUGUCUACGUCCGCGAAGAACUCUCCGCUCUCACUGGCAUGACAGAAAACCGAGUUCAAAUCUGGUUUUCCAACCGACGCGCUCGAUACCGAAAACAAUGCCACGCUCAGCAAUCUUCAAAUCAACCUGUUCAAACUGCUCUUUGUCCAUCAAAUGCUCCAGCAAUGCCAACAGUGCCCUCACCUCCUCAGCUUUCGAAUUCUCCUCCGUCAGUUUCCUGGCCUCAAGAAAACGCUAUCUUCGGCCAAGAAACCCAAAUGAUGCCAAACUUCUUCUCAGCAAACCAGCAAUUCUACUUCCAACAGCCUCAAGUCUACCCCAAUCAAUUCUACGAAACACAGCCAGUUCAAGUCGAAACUCAAACUGGAAACAAAAGUCCCGGAACCGAUUCUGGCUGCUACUCUCCUCCAACCGUCUUCGCCGAAAAUGCUCAAGAACAAAUCUUCAGCGCUCCAGAAACUGUUUCUUUCGGCGCUGAAGAAACUUACCAACAGUACUUUAUGCCUGCUUUCUGA